AUGCUGCCAGAGGAAAUCCCAUUCGGAUAUUACACCGACAUUAUCUUCUCUUUCGCGACGAUCGACCCUAGUACCUUUGAGAUCAAGGCCGGCGACUCGCAGACGGCGGAUUUCAUGCAAAGAAUCAGCGCCAUCAAACUGAUCCAGCCGGAUAUCAAGAUCUGGAUCGCCGUCGGCGGGUGGGCUUUCAAUGACCCCGGCCCGACGCAGUCCACUUUCAGUGACAUGGCUGGCUCGACUGAUGCCACCAAGAAGUUCAUUGACUCUCUCAUCAAGCUGAUGAACAAGUAUGGUUUUGAUGGUAUUGACAUUGACUGGGAGUACCCAGUUGCCGAUGAUCGCUUUGGAAAGGGAGCAGACUUCAAGAACUUUGUCACUUUCAUGAAGUCCCUGGCCGACAGGAUGCAUAGCGGUGACCAAAAGAAGUCUGUGUCCCUGACUCUGCCGUCGAGUUUCUGGUACCUACAGCACUUUGAUAUCAAAAACCUUGAGAAGCAUGUCGACUGGUUCAAUAUCAUGAGCUACGAUAUCCAUGGAUCCUGGGAUAUUGACAACAAGUGGACCGGCCCUUACGCCAACUCACAUACCAACAUGACUGAGAUCCAAGACGCUCUCGACCUGCUGUGGCGAAACGAUAUCAAGCCGGAAAAGGUCACCUUCGGCAUGUCCUUCUACAGCCGAAGCUUCACGCUUCAGAACGCCGGGUGCAACACCCCCGGAUGCGUCGUCAGCUCCGGAGGCAACGCGGGCGAGUGCUCCGGCACGACUGGUGUGCUGCUGCACCCCGAGAUCGCCGACAUCGUAAGCAAGAAUAGCCUCACACCCACGCUGCACCGCGAGGCCGCCGUCAAGUCCGUGACGUGGGGCGACCAGUGGACGACGUUCGACGACCUGGCGACGUGGAGGCUCAAGUCCAACAUCAUCCGCGGGCAGUGCAUCCCGGGCGUCAUGGUCUGGGCCAUGAGCCAGGACGACAAGGACGGAACCAACAUCAAGGCCCUGACGUCCGCCGUCGGGCGCAAGGUCAUGGACCCGCCCAAGUUCGUGCCGGCGCUGCCCUCCACCGAGCCGCCCAAGGUCGCGGAGCUGUGCCGGUGGUCGGGCUGCUACCAGGACUGCCCGGCCGGCUUCAAGACGGUGCAGCGCAACGGCCACAAGGAGAUUAUGCUCAACGGUGAGAACUGCCUCGACGGCGGCGUCGACAAGCUCUGCUGCCCGGCCGACCAGGAGAUGCCCACCUGCGAGUGGCGCGGACACAGGAACAGCGGCGUCUGCAAGCCCGGGUGCGAGGACGGCGAGGUCAAGGUCGGCUCGCUGCGCGUCGGCUGCAACUUCUCCCACCAGGCCGCGUGCUGCACCAACGUGGCGGCCACGGCGUCCUACGGGAUGUGUAAGUGGGUGGGCGAGGCGCCGACGUGCAACCAGGACUGCCCGUCUGACUAUCCGAACAAGAUCUUCUCGUCCAGGCUCGCCGCGGGAGGGGAGCAGCCGUGCAUAUCGGGCACGAAGCACUACUGCUGCCAGGAGCCCAAGCCGUCGGACUUUUCAAAGUGCGACUGGGUGAAGAAGGGCAGCCCGCCGCGGUUUGAGCAGGACUUCAUCUGCGAGGACAGCUGCCCGGCCGGCCAGAUCAAGCUGGCGACCGAGGUGGGCGGCAUGAACGCCGAGAACGGCUGCUUUGGCGGCGCGAGGGCGUACUGCUGCGAGCCCCCGAAGGCCAUCGUCCCGCGCGGCGACGAGGACCCCUUUGGAGGGAAGCAGAACAAGGAGUUCCAACUUCUGCUCGAGGGGUACAUGGAGAACCCGACGUGUCCGGCGACCAUCCUGAACCCGUCCGAGGGCAGCAUGUUCGGCAACACUUUCACCAAGCGCGACCUAAAGCGCGAGGCCGCUGAGUACCGGUCUCUGCACGGCAGAGCCACGGACUGCGAGGAGGACCGGUUCACGAGGAUGGUCUUAUUUGGCGCUCUGCUGCUCACGGCGUCCCAGUCGAUGCUGGAGCCCCUGAGUCUGGUGUAUGAUGAGAUCUUUGCCGGGGCGUACGAUACGGAGCUGGAGUCUGCGAACAUCAGGACGUACUACUCGGAUCACGAGGGAAUGGACCCGAACGCUCUCAUGCGAUAUGUCUUUAUGAACCCCAUUGAUGCCGGGCCCGGGUUGAGGCGGGCGGCGAGAACGGAGACCACGUUCUGUCAGCUCCUCCCGGUGACCAAGCGCGAGGAGAGGGAUCUGUCGCGGAAUUCUAAGAACCUCUCGACACUUGCGUCCCGCCAUAUAACCUGGCUCCAAAACAUCGGCGCCGGCCGGCCGGAUAUGUCCGCGAUCCUCGAGGGCAUCCUGAACAACGAGCUCAGCCUGCACUACGCGCGCUGGCAGCACGUCAACGCCCAGGGCGGGCCCAUGCUCGAGCUGGCUUACUGGAUCGGGGACACACCCGGCGUUGAGACGGGCUCUGAGCUGGACCGGUUCCGAGAUGACUCGGAGGGCAACGCGGAGCGCUUCGUCGUGUUCCACUUCCACGUCAACGAAGCAACCAACUGGAUCGCGCACGUCAACGGGCGCACGCGCGUCGGGAUCCAGUCGGUGCAGGUGUUCCACGGGUACGAGACGGACGCUCGGCCCGGGCAGGCGUGGCGCGUGGACAACACGGCGUCGACGCGGGACGGCUUCAAUUGUCCCGACCAGCAGCUCUGGUACGUUGGAGCUGAGACGACCCUGCCGAGUAACCAGUUGCCGGCCGACCAGACUUUCUUCGAGAGAUUCCAGCGUUGGAGCAGGAUGUUGUUUGAUGAUGGGUAUCUCGCCACGCGGGGGUUGAACUUGAUCCUGACGGGUGGUGCCACAGUCAACAACGGGGGAAAUCAAGAUCUUGAUCCUAACAACGCGGGAAUGCUCCUGCGCGGCGGAAUGGCUCACCCGGCAUGGGGCGUCAUUACGCAAACCGUCAACUUCUUGAUUGACGGAUCUCAAUACGACUUCACCCCUCGAGACCCCUUUGCGUGA